AAACAAUGAGUUGGAUAAGGUUGGAUUAUGCUACUGCGUGGUGGUACUGUCGACGAUGAUAAUGCCGUUGCGUUAGCGUUCGACCUGUGUGACGUCUAACCAAUGCGUGUGACAUAUUUCUUGAACUACCGGUAUCGUCUUUAGGCUAGUAGACGCCAGGCACUAUCCUGGGUAGGGAAGUAGAGCUAGCCGCUUCUGCUUGCCAGUUCUACGCGCAACCGCGUAACAUCUUAUCAUUUGUUAGUUUUCCAAGACGAGGAUCGGCAAUGGAUUACACUAAAGAAGUAGACGCGGAGGAUGGAGUGCACGCGCGCACCGCUUUCAGGGAUGCGGAAAAGAAAUACCAGCUCCACCGAGAGCGGAAAAUGAAGAUGAAGGGCGGCAAGCUUAGGCCCGGCAAGAUGAUAACACGCCCUACUGACAUGAGCGAUGUGCUGGACAUUCAAAGCACAUCUGAUGUUGCGAUGCGCGUGGGCCUCACCCGCCAUGACGUGCAAGGGUACGAAGGCCCGGUGUACACCUUCGCAGCGCAUCCAGGCUUAGUCUUCCUGCCCGGCGCUCUCUCCUCCACGCAGCAGCAGCAGCUCACCGCGGCCUCCCUGGUUGACUUCCCCAACCCGCCCGCCCGCACCAACCAUGAGCUGCAGUACGGACCUCUACCCGGGCUAUGGCGCGCGGCGCAGGCGGGGCUGAAGCUCAACUGGGACCGCAGAGACGACC